GAGUCGACUGGCGCUGGGUGUUCGACGUCAGACGCAGCGCGAACGUCGGAGCGACAUCGCAGCACGUGAUUGGUGGAGCCUGCGACGUCGUCUGGUGACGUGUGUAUUACGAUUGGUCGCACCUCGUGCUUGUCGCCAGCGGGCCGCGCCCUGACAGCUCUCCGGAAGUGAGAGGAUCAUGGCGGCGAUCAAAAUGAAAGCGCUGUUUCUGCUCUUCCUGUCGCCGGCCUGGGCCUUGGCGCGCGUGGAAACCGUUUAUUUUACAGAAGGCGGGCAGCUGCGGCUGAAGCCUCCUGAUCCUCCGGUGAUCAAGGACCUCACCUGGAAGAUCGAGGGCAGUCUGGCCGCGGAGUGGAGCGAAGGCACCGAGGUGAUCCUCUACCGAACCUUCAAGGGCCGCGCGACCCUCGACACCCAGACGGGGGAGCUGGUGGUCCGGGAUGCGAGACCGGAAUUCGCCGGUGAGUUCAAGGUGGAGAUCAACAACAACCAGUUCGUCACGAACGUGUCGUGGCGCACCGAGCUCAUCAAGGAAGUCCCGGUCCCGAGGGUGGAGCCCAAGCCGCUCGCCUGCUCGGAGAAGAGCGACCAGUGCUCGCUGAGGUGCGAGGGAGACACGGCCGGGGUCGGACCGGUGACGUACCAGUGGCGCAUGGACGAUGGAGACUGGGAAGACGGCGACGUCGCCAUGGUCAUCCACAAGGACGAGACCGGGAAGGCGGUGAAGGAGUUCCGCUGCCGCCUGAAGAACCCGCUGGGUCAGAAGGACAGUGAGCCCGUCCACAAUCCCUUAGCCCGCGCCAUGGCCUCCACUGUCAACGUCCCUGGAGCCGUGGUGGGGUCCCUGGUGCUGGUGCUGGCAGGGGGGGGGCUCGCAGCCUGGUGUGUCAUGACCGGGAAAUACAAAAAGUACUUCAGGGUCGGUCAAGGAGAGCAGCCGGCGGCUGCGGACAAAUGAGCGGCCUCUGCACCGGACAGAGGCCAAAGACGCGGGACCACUCCAGGGUCAAAGGUCGUGCCCAUCAUCCCCUUGGAUCUUCCUGCCCCGGGGCCCCCGCUGAUGCUGUGUUUAACUCCGCCCCUCAACACCGGUCCCCUGAUGAUUCUGUGUGCGCGCGCGCGCGCGUGUGUGUGUGUGUACAGCCCAGAUGAACUGCAGCUCUCGCGGUUCUGAUGUCGUCCUGUACGUGUGUCUUUGUGAGGACCAACACAGAGGGGACAGUUUGGCUGCUCCUCACUUUUUGACCCUCAGUCUGAGGAUGAAGACUUCAAACGAACUUGUGUCAGUCUGGUCCAGAGUCCUGGUUCAGCUGGCUCAGCAUGGCUCAUGUGUUCAGCGGAGGAGGCCGGGGAAAGGGUGACGGCCAGGAGGGGUUCCUGGCCGUGUGUGUUUCAGCGUUGGGCUGCAAAUGUUGGCUGAGUUUCCUCUGUCGGGGUCGCCACCUGGCUCCGCCCCCUCCCCACUGAGCCACUCUGCACAGCGGAGCUGAACAUUGUUCUGCUGAGACCAGAUCUAGGCCUCACUAAACUCGAUGAGCAGUGUGUGACACUGCUGCUGGUGUGUCUUCUAACUUGAGCGACUGUUUGAUGAAGGACGUGUUGGAGCCGCAGCUGUGGGACCGGCCUGAGGACGAGCUGAGCUGCUUCAGCUCCAGCCUGGAUUCUGCUGACGGUUCCGGCUCAGCGCUUGUGCCUUAGUGUGUGUUCUGCUGAUGAAGGUGUCUCUAUUAAACCGCUGUUCUGAACGCCGUCGGUCUCCGUUCCUUUCUUCCUCUCAGGCUCGGCCCCAGGGUCCAGGUUUGGCUGGA